GAGAGCACAGCCCCAUCAGACAUUACACAGUUCAAAAGCUCUGCGGUCUUUGACGUUCAAUGAAAAUCAAUUUUCUACCCAUUUUCUCGAAAAAUAUCUAGCAGCGCUCCCCCCAAUCAGGCAAUGGCUUCCGCGACCAAAACUUUAAUCACUGAGUUGACGCCACUAGAUCACCUCAUGCCUCGAACAUAUGUAAUCGGUAUGAAUUACAUUUGGCCAAUCUCUCGCCGCAGUAACAUUGAAGAUAUCCAUAAACACUUGAAGCGCGGUUUGGAGCAGACUAUAAAGGAAAUCCCUUUUCUUGGCGGGUCUGUCGUCCCUACGGGUUCUCCUGGAAAGUUUUGCAUCGAAACUUUACCUGGAGAUUUCGAAGGAAAUCAAUUGAUAUUCAAUGAUCUCCGUACCGGAAGUGGGAAUUCAUGGCCAAAUUCAUACAAGAAUUUAAGAAAGGCAAGGUUUCCGAGUACUCUCUUCACAGACGACUGCCUCAGUCCAGUGAAAGGGUAUAUGACUCGGGAAAGACUGCCAGUUAUAGCUGCUCAGGCAAACUUCAUUGAUGGAGGAUUGAUUCUUCAUCUGAGUGUCCUUCAUACAGCAUGUGAUGUACUUGCCUGGAAUAACAUCCUCUCUAUUCUAUCGAAGAACGUGAAAGCUUCUUGGCCCACCGAAGCCGAAGUGUCCCUCAAUGACGACUUGCAAGACUACAAGGUCUUACCUAGCUUUCUUGAUAGAUCCCCACUCAUGCGCGGAAAUCUUAACGUUGAGCGAAUGGAUGUUCGAGAAUACAAGCUACAACUUGCCAAUUCAAAGCUCGAAGAUCCGAGAAAUCACCUUAUCAACCCUCCCCCAAAGUCAAUUACUGAGAUGGAAAAUGCCCUCUUCUGCAUUUCCAACUCAAAAUUGGGAGAGCUCAGAGAUUCUAUCUCAGCAGAAGGUUCAGCAACAUCCUGGUUAACAGUGAACGAUGCACUGGCUGCGUUAAUGUGGUGUUGCGUCAACCGUGCCAGAAUAUCGAACGGGAGCCAAAAACUUUUACGGGGAAAUUUAUCUGUUGCAUAUGAUGGUCGAACAGUUCUUGAUCCACCACUGCCCAAGAGAUUUAUGGGAAAUUCCGCUCUGGGGUUUCCCAUCACCCUUGAUAUUCAUCCAAAGUCCGUUUUUGAAGCAGCACUUGCUAUCUCCGAGUCACGAAACGAUUUUAAUGAUAAGCAUAUAAGAGACAUUAUCGGGUUCUUAGAUGGCUUGGGCGAUAUUACGCAGGAACGUGUAUCAUAUGCCAAGACUCUAAAUCCUAUUUUGGUCAUUAGUAAUUUGAAAGAUAUGGGGUUUUAUGAGCAGGACUGGGGUGGAAGUUUGGGAUUUCCGGAUGCUUUGAGGAUGGCCAAUCCUUUCUUAGACUACAUUCCUAGAGUAGUACCGAUGCCGGCACAGCGGAAUGGGAAUGUAUAUUUGAUUGUUUGGAUCGAGAAAUCAGCAGCCAAGAGAUUGAGGGAGGACGAAACUUGGAACAAAUGGAUUACGCCUGUAUUCGAGUAAGUAAUAGAAACCAAAAAAUCGCCAUUGGACAUUUCGAAGGGUUGUGAACAUUGAGAGCGUGGGAAUUGUUGUAAUUAUCUGGCGUAUUCAAGUUUAUGUUUAGAUUUACACAAAUAUGUUUUUCUACAAAUACUGUAGAUAUUUCGAUGUCCAGGGGUUUGCGAUGUAUAAGUGUUGGCUUAAAAGCUGGUCGACCUCUCUGGUCGUAAGUGUAACCAGAAUCUGCUGGGCACGAAAACUGAAUUUGAUAAGAUUUAGUAUAUCUUCGUAGAAUCUCAAAAUAUGGCUGCAUAUCACUGCA